UUAUCACGGGGAAUAAGUAUUCCUUGAUGUGGAAUUGCCAAUCGGUGAACGGAAAAUAAUGAAACAUUAAGAGCGACAAGAAUUGAUAGCGUUGGUUUAGUAAACAUUUAGUUGCUCUCUUCAUCUCAGUCGUUCGGUUCGCGCGUUAGUAAAGCAGGAAUACUCAUCAAGUUCGGUUCAUCCUUCGUAUCUGCGCGCUCUAGUAAAAUGGUAUUAUGUCAUAUUCGUGCAACGAUGCGACUCAGCCGGUUGAUGAACGUGGCCACAGUCAAAUCACAUUAUGGAUACCAGUGCAGAUUUCUGAGCACCAGCAGUCUGUUGUUAAAAGACCGACUCUACACUGACAAACACGAAUGGGUCUCAGUCGAGGGAGAGAUCGGAACUGUUGGUAUUUCGAAUUUCGCGCAGGAAGCGCUCGGAGAGGUGGUAUUUGCUCAACUGCCAGACGCAGGUACCAAAUUAUCACAGAAGGAUGAGUGCGGUGCCCUGGAAAGCGUGAAAGCAGCCAGUGAGUUGUAUUCCCCUAUAUCAGGAAUAGUCACAGAGAAAAACACCGCCGUUGAAGAAACUCCCGGACUGGUAAACACUUCCUGUUAUGAAAAGGGUUGGUUAUUUAAGUUGAAAGUUACUAAGCCAGAGGAACUAACAAAACUGAUGAACGAACAGCAGUAUGCAGCAUUUUUGAAAACCGAUGAUCACUAAUCAUCAAUCAGAUGCACGCUGUCGAGCGGUGUGGCAGCUAAUCUGUGAAGGCAUGCAUUAAUAAAUAGUUGCUAGGCUAGACGUUAUUUGUAAUUUAUAAAGUAAAUGAAAUUUCGUUGCUCGAAUGUAUCGGAGAAUUUUUUUUAUAAGAACAAAAAAUUAAAUAAAUCUGUUGUAU